AUGUCUGCCCACAAGGACUUCGUGAAGCCCAAUGAGGCCUACGUCGCCAGCUUCGGUGACAAAGGCAACCUACCUUUGCCUCCCUCCAAGAAGCUCUUAAUCGUCACUUGCAUGGACGCGCGCAUCAAUGUGUAUGCGGAACUCGGCAUCCGGGAGGGCGAGGCCCAUAUCGUGCGCAAUGCGGGUGGUGUGGCCAAGGAGGCCUUGCGCUCGAUCAUCAUCUCUCAGCGCCUGCUCGGUACGCGCGAGAUCGCCGUCUUCCACCACACCGGCUGCGGGAUGCUCACGUUCGACACGGCGGGGCUCCGCGAGCAAGCCGUCGACGAAUUCGAGUUCCUCGAUGUCGAGUCUGACGUGAAGUUCCUCCAGGAGCACCCGCUAGUUCUACCGGAGACGAAGGUCACUGGCUGGGUGUAUGAGGUCGAGACCGGCAAGAUAAGGCAGAUCGUUUAA